AUGUCCCUAACUUUAGAAACCAAUCUAGGUCCAAUUAAAAUUGAAUUAUUUUGCGAGCAAUGCCCCAAAACUUGCAAGAACUUUUUAGCGUUAUGUGCUUCGGGAUAUUAUGAUAACACAAUAUUUCAUCGGAAUGUACCUAGAUUUAUUAUUCAAGGUGGAGAUCGAGAAGGAACGGGCAAAGGAGGUACAUCAAUUUAUGGAAAAUUCUUUGAAGAUGAAUUUAGUGAAGAAUUGACUCAUAAUGAACGAGGAAUUGUCGGAAUGGCCAAUAGAUCAAAACCUAAUACAAAUUCGAGUCAAUUUUAUAUCACGUAUGGACCUCAACCACAAUUAAAUAAUCAAUGUGCAGUAUUCGGAAAAGUCAUUGAUGGAUUUAAAGUGUUAGAUAAGAUGGAAUCAAUACCCGUUGACAACAAAUAUAAACCCUUGCAAGAUAUUAAGAUAUUGAGUGUACAUAUUCAUUCUAAUCCAAUAGCCACGUUUAGUGAUAUUUCUGAUAAUGGAGUAAUUUUAUCAACGAAUAAUUAA